CACAAAAUCAUACCAUCACAAAGUAAUUGGAGAUGGACUUGAGAUCAGGGUAGAAUCCGGUUUCACACCUCCAGACAAGUCUUUACAGCGCAGGGACUCACUAAUGGGUGUCAAUGGGGAACUAAAGACAAAUGUCCUGUUUUAGAUUUCUUUGACAUUUCUAACUUUACCGGAGGUCUCUGGGGAAUCUGCUGUAGCCUUUAUUGCAGCCCUUUUAUAGCCUCAACAGAAACCGACAUCUCUGGUCAUCUGAAAUGGUUUUCCCUUAGGGACGUGUCCUCAUUUGCGUGUUUCCUGCCUCUGCUCAGCCUCCGCGCGUGUCCGGAUUUCCAUACAGGUGCGUCCUCGGCUCCAGCACUCGUUUGACUGUCAAACCAGGCGGCGUGGCUCCUUUUCUCCGCCCUGCGCAUCCCGCAUCCAGUCGCUAGCAGAGAGGAGCGCAGGGGAGUGCCCUGCACCGCGGACACACGCACACACACAGCCUCCUCCUCCUCUUCUUCCUCCUCCUGCACUGAAGCCGGACUCCUCUACCCGAAAAACUAGACCGACUCUCAGCUCUUACUGUCGCUGCCCAAGCCCCUUCUGCAUCCUCCAUCAACCGGCUGCACACAAAUCGACCCGCGGUCCUCUCCGGUAGGCCUGACGCAGUAGCAUCAUGGAGGAGUUAGACGUUCCACAGAUGAGGAGAGAAGUGGAAAGCCUUCAGUAUCAGCUGGCAAUCAACAGGGAGAAAUCCUCCAUCACGGUUACUGAGCUGGUGAAGUGGAUCGAGGGUUGUGUUUGUGAAGAUCCAUUUCUGAACCCUGAGCUGAUGAGAGCCAACCCCUGGGUGGAGAAGGGCAAGUGUGUGAUCCUCUAAUGGUCACACAUACUCACACACAUACACACACACAUAUAUACAUAGACUCACAAUCACGGAUGCAUAAAAACUAAAGAAUCAUGCGCUCCCACACAGUCACGCUGCACUAACUCACCCGUUCUCUCUCUUCCUCUCUCUCACUCACUCACUCACUCACACUCACACACACACACACACAAACACACGCAUUAUUGCUAUGUUUAUUUAUUAAGAGACUCCUGAAUGCUUUUAAUUUAUGUGAAGACUACUUUGUGUGUGUGUGUGUGUGAGUGUGCAGCACUGAGUAGCUUUCUAGAAGUUUGUUUUAAUGGACUGCUGAGAAAUGUUAAACCAAGCGUUUUUAUUGGCUCUUUACACUGUCAAAUCCAAAUAAAGACUGUUUUGAAUUUA